UAAACGUAUUGGUCGGCAAUUAAAAGUAUUUGUAACAAAAUUUUUCGAAAUGAGCAUAUGUUUUAUUUGCCAUAUCAUCUUAUAAAUAGCGCGCGCAUACAUUGGUUUUUCUUUUUAUUAGAAUCAAAAAAACCACCCCAAUGGACAAAACGUCUUACUUCAGGUUUGUUGGGGACGCUGUGUUUCUACUGGUGGCGAUUUUGCUGAGUAUCACAGUGAGUUAUUUAGUAAAGUUUCAACCAAGGGGGAUAAAUUGUGCUGACAUGUCGAUUCAGAAGAAAUACAAGCCCCCAGUUAUAUCCGAAUUGUAUUUGAACUUAGCUUUUUGUUUAUUUCCCUUCAUUUUUCUUAUUGUAUGCGAAUUCGCCGUGUUCCCAUGGAGGGGUAAAAAAGAUACAAAGUGGAAAGCCUUAAUGAAAAUAUACACUACUAUAACAGUUUUUACUUUCGGCAUGUUUGCCCUAUCAGCGUUUGUGACCUUUCUGCAGGUGUUUACGGGAGAACCUCGGCCUCAUUUUUUAGAAGUGUGCAAACCAAAUUUUAACUGUUCCUAUACAGAUUUUAAUUACAUCGCAAAAUUCGAAUGCACUGGGGAUGCCAGUCUCGUUAAAACUGCAAGGCAGUCUUUUCCAUCUUCGGUUGCUGCAAGAUCCUCGUUGUCGAUGGUAUUUCUCAGCAUUUAUGUCAAUUCAAAGUUCAACUGCGAAAGAACACCAUAUGGUAAAUGGCUUCUACAAGCAAUAUUCUCAAUGUCGUCGCUGGUAACGUCCAUACAAUGUGUUAGUGACAACAUGAACCACUGGAGAGACGUUUAUUCUGGAUUAGCUAUGGGAGCAGGUACUGCCACUUUCUUAUCUUACUCCCUCAAAUGGUUCAGGACUGAAAAAUUAGAACCGUAGCGAUUUUCUUCUAUCGCAUUAUCAGUGAUAAAUUCAGCAGCAUUCAAAUUAAAACUGUGUUAUUAAAAUAAAAAUUUAAAUAUCAAACUAUGCAUCACACGAUUUUC